UAUGGACAGGAAACUGGGAAAGGGAAUAACAUUUCAAAUUAAUAAAUACCCAACUUAAAAAAAAAAAGAAAAAAAUAAUCUUUUGCUAUCUUUGAGGAUUCUACUGGCAUUUUUUUCAGCCUGAGUAGGCUAAAUAUCCUAAAGGGCUUAAAACCUCCUUUAUGAUGAGCAAUUCCCAAGUCAUUAUCAUCACGAAUAUGAAAAUCCUGUUUUAUCUGAGCCUAGGAAUGAACUCACUAGUUCAGGUUAAUCUGGAACUUGCAACUUGCUAUCCACUUAACAUCUGCCUUCAGAGUGACAGGAUACAGGCAUGAGCCACCAUCCUACUCAAUCCUAAUGGUAUAUUUUAAGUGUAAACAUUUUUGUGCAUUUAAAAAAAAAGAAAUCUGAGGCCUCAACCCUACACAAUGAAAGGUGCCUAAGGACUACAGUGAGUGGGAGGAGCAGUCUUCUCCAGGGGCAGCUCAUCAAUUGGACAUCCCAUACUAGACGGUCAGCUCUGAAAACAUACAUACGAAUAACUAUACAACUGACAGGUUACACUUGGGAACAUGUACAUACACAUAUUCAUGUAAUAACAGUGGAAAAGGCAAUGACUUUGAAAAAUGAGAUGGAGGGACAUGAGAAAAGGGAGAAAUAAUGUAAUGAUAAUCUCAAAACUAAAAUUAACCUCAAUCUGAAGGGAAUUAUAGUAAGUGUGUACUCUGUUCAAUGUUUUACCAAACGUUUGCUCACUAUCAGAGAAAACCGGGUCACCAAUGCCUAUGCCAUCUGAGUUACCAGUGAAGUGUCAUUAUCGGCUGGCAAUGUAGCUGUCACAUGCACAGUGAUCCUAUUUAUGGGUGUGGGCAGCAGAUUGUGGCAUUGUCCUCUGGUUUAUUUGUGCCGGAGCAGUCACACUUUGUAAUACACGUUGCUGUUAAGUACUCUGAGUGUUAUAUACAGUGGGCUGUCUUAUGGGAUGAGGGCAUCAAUGCACUGGUUUUGUUUUGAACUGACCUGGGGCAUGUCCUGUUUGCCUGAGGAAUGUGUACCUAACCAAGGGGAUGCUGAAUGUUGAUGAGAAGAGGUGGUUUGCACAAUUUCCACAAGGCUGUUUUGAUAGAUGUCCCCUAACCCUCAUUUCCAGAAGCUGGUCUAGAAGCAGAGGCUAUGGAUGAACAUUCUUGAGGGAGGGGUCCAGUACUCAGCUGCUAGGUUAAUGGCUGAUGGAAUUUGCACAAGAGCUGGGCAAAGGUGAAAGAGCCACGUCCUGUUCCCAAACCCUUAUCCCUUUUCUCCGCUUCAUUGACGCCCCCCACUCCCUCCCCACCACAGCUAGCUUACUCCACCCAACUCCACCCUCUUUUUACUCUACUCAACUAGCCCAAGGCAGCCAAGACGCAAUCAAGUCAGGGCAGCAUGAGCAGAUCACCUCCCCAUCCCAUUCCACUUCUAUCUGUGGGCUCCCAGGAUACCCCUGCUCCCCGUCCACCACUGCUACCCCCUCUCCAGGAUCCCUCCUCCCGCUCUUGGGCCUCUUGGUGUGGGCCUUCCACCUGGGGGCUCAGCUGUCUUCUGGCUCUACAGCAUUUCCUGGUCUUGACAUCUCUGCUCUGGGCCUCCCACCUGCUGCUGCUUCACAGUCUCCCCCCAGGAGGGCUCUCAUACCCACCUGCUCAGCUCCUGGCUUCCAGUUUCUUCUCAUGUGGCAUGUCUACGGUCCUGCAGACUUGGAUGGGCAGCAGGCUGCCUCUAAUCCAGGCUCCGUCCCUAGAGUUUCUUAUCCCUGCACUGGUGCUGACAAACCAGAAGCUACCUCUGAUGACCAAGACACCUGGAAAUGCCUCCCUCUCCCUACGCCUGUGUAGUUUGACAAGAAGUUGCCAUGGCCCGGAGCUCUGGAACACAUCUCUCCGAGAGGUGUCGGGGGCAGUGGUGAUGUCCGGGCUGCUGCAGGGCACUAUGGGACUUCUAGGGGUGCCUGGUCGUGUGUUUCCCUACUGUGGGCCACUGGUGCUGGCUCCCAGCCUGGUUGUGGCAGGGCUCUCUGCCCACAAGGAAGUGGCCCAGUUCUGUUCUGCUCACUGGGGCCUGGCCUUGCUCACUUGGGGUCCUGCCAGGUACCCCUUUGCUCCUGGAGGCCAGCUUCAACCUCUUCAACUCACAUUUAUAUUCCUAUCUUCCGACUCCUUUCGAAACUGUCUGAGCCCUCCGAUGCACCGUGGUUUUGGCUGCCUCACCCAGACUGGUUCUCGGAGAGUGGCCCACCUAGUGGGACUGUUCUGCAUGGGGCUUGGACUCUCCCCAAGGCUGGCUCAGUUAUUUACCAACAUCCCACUGCCUGUGCUUGGUGGGGUACUGGGAGUGACCCAGGCUGUAGUUCUGUCUGCUGGAUUCUCCAGCUUCCACCUGGCUGACAUUGACUCUGGACGAAACGUCUUCAUUGUGGGCUUCUCCAUCUUCAUGGCUUUGCUUUUGCCAAGGUGGCUCCGGGAAGCUCCAAUCCUCCUUAACACAGGCUGGAGCCCCAUGGAUAUGUUUCUGCGUUCUUUGCUGGCAGAACCCAUUUUCCUAGCUGGUCUAUUGGGCUUUCUCCUAGAAAACACUAUAUCUGGUACACGGAUUGAGAGAGGCUUAGGUCAGGCCCUGCCAACUUCUUUCACUGCCCAAGAAACGCAAAUGCUUCAGAAGUCCAGGAAGAAAGCCGCUCAAGAGUAUGGGCUUCCUUUGUCUAUCAAAAACCUGUGUUCCUGUAUCCCACAGCCUCUCCGUUGUCUCUGUCCAAUGCCUGAAGACUCUGGGGAUGAAGGAGGAUCCUCUAAAACAGGAGAGACAGCCGACUUGUUGCCUAACUCAGGGGAGUCAAGCUCUCCGGAUGGCAGAGAAGGGUUUAGGUCCUAGUAAUUACCAAAACCACCAUUUUUGUCUUAGUUUAGCAGUAACUCCCACCUUGCUGGAGUCUUGCCCCCAAGGCCCGCUAGUAGGAUGGGCUUUCUUUCCUCCUCUUAAUAAUUAGACUUGAGUGUUCAGGAGCAGGGGUAUGGUUUAGUAGGUCAGAAGUGAAUAAAUUAGAUUUUUGCCUGUAAACUGCCAAGGUUGCUUGAAUGAACUCUAGCAUUCAAAUAUUUACUGAGUGCUUCCCAUGUGCAAGGUCCUACAUCUACGGAAAUGAAUAUGACAGGGUCCCUGCUCUCUCCCUGCAUUUAAGAUUUAAAUAACUAAAAUGUAAAGCAGAGGACAAUCUAUAAUAAAGAUGAAAAUACAGAUGAA